GUGUAACCGAGGAGUCCGGCAGAGCCCGGGACCGCGGCGAUUGACAGGACUUUCAAAUGCCUUGGAAAGAGGAGUCAGAACUUACAGAGAGGGAUAAAGCUGCCAGAAUCAUUCAGAAGGCCUGGAAAUGUUUCCUUGUUAAAUUUCCACCUGAUAUAUACUAUAAAAUUUUCACUCAUAGACAUAUUGAAGAUCUGUGUGCUAAUAGCCCUAGAGAUUAUACAAAACUUCCAGCAAAAUAUACAUCUCAUAUUAAAAGUGAUGAUCUUCAGGAAGAGGAUCAUAGUGGCUGGUAUCGUCGUGUAGAGAACAAUGGCUGGAGGCCUGUCUCUGAUACAUUUUGGGUGUCUACUGAAAAUGUAGAGGUGGGAGAAGAAAAAGAAAUCAAAUUCCAUUUCUCUAAACUGAAGAGAAGGCAAGAUAUGGAAAAGAAAAGAAAAAUUAGAAAGAUAGAAUGGAUGAGGAAAAUGUACUAUGCAGGAAACCUAGAGGCUAAGUCAACAAAUCAUAGAACUCUAGAUUUAAUUCACACAGCCACCAAGGGGCUAAUGAGAGCUGUCGAAGGCGGUGGAAUAGAUUCUGUGAUGGAAUGGGAAGUGGAUGAAGUGCUGAACUGGACAAAUGCACUGAACUUUGAUGAGUAAAUGCAUUCUGCUUUUACUGGGGAGCAAGGGCAGGCCUCAUGUAUGUUUCUGAUGUUCCCACCUCUGCCUCGAAUCUUGGGCCCACAAAAUCUUUAAAAAAG